UGUAUGCCUUUAAUUCAGGUCUUACUUUAGAAUUAUAAUGGUUUCUAUAAAAGGAUAUCGAUAUUGGAAUAUAGACACGAUUUUAAACUUCACAAGAUUAGACUUAAUAAAGAAAAGUGGCGUGUGUGUAUGGCUAAUUGUAUUUCUUUGAUUUAAUCAAUAUACUAGUUUGUAACAUUGAGACUAUCAUAUUUGAACAUAAAUUGGUGAGAAGCUGAUACCGAAACCUUGACAGUGUUUGGUUAACUGUCAAUCUAAUGCCAGGUGUGCAAUCUGGACUCGAGAGCCGUUACGGUGAUUUUGUCUUUCUAGAUUGGUGUGUUUACCAUUUGAUGUAAAACAGCAACAAUGAAUUGUUAUUGUAAACAAAAUACUUAUGAGCGAGUGAUAAGUCGCAUACAUGAAGAGCCUAUUCAAAUGUAAGGUUUUAAUUAAUUUCUGAGUCUGCGAUAUAUGUCCAUACAAAUAUGAUUGUGCAAAACGAAGUUCAACGAAUAAGUUCUUUCAAAACUGUAAAGAGGCCAGUGGUCAAGAAAAUAAAUGGUUCCAAAGGUUUCAAGUUAUUCGCUGGAUCGAAUACUCAAAGAUCUACUGGAUUAUGUAUGGAAGUGCUUCAGAAGUUGACUCCUUUUAAAGACGAUGAGGAUAAGGUUACGGAAUCUGCACGGGAACUACUAAUUGACUGUGUAAAACACCAUCCGACUGUACACGACGUGUUCUUUCCGGACGUUUCCGGAGAAGCUCGGAUGCGUGACGAAGAUUACCGAGGGUUCCCAAUGGAGAGAUUAGCAGUAGGCGUGAUCUGUGAGGCACUGGCGGGAUGCGAAGACGAAUUUAAGUUCCAUACAACAUUAGAAAGGAACAACUUGGCCUCUUUGAUUGGAGACUUGUACUCCAGUGUCCAUUGGAAGAAACUAGGAUUUGCACUAUACACACAACAGUAUCCUACAGUGGUUCGUGACGUCACGUCCGGUAUCUCAUUACAGGAUUUCAUAGACGAUGAUGGACCGGAAUGGGCAGAGCAGAUUCUAGAACGUAUGACGGAACCAAACUGGACUCUCUCAUGGGUGCAAAAAAUAGUCCGUGGUCUCGUUACUGAGGAAGAUUACAACACUCAGAUGAACGCUCUCUUCGUGAAGUUGCAUUUGCUUGACCCUCAGUCGGUUAUUCCCGCGUAUCACCUUCUAAAUAAUAUCAGAGCACUUCCGGAAUGCAGUUUAGAGCUUGCUACUCGAGACUAUAUCGGCGGGCCGCUGGAUAGCCAGAAGUUUCAGCCCGCUGUGAUAUGUGCUGUCCAUGUCCCGACCCGAGCACACGCCUCUCCCCACAACACAGGGACGCCCGGAACGCCCAGGGAAGUCUUUUAUGGCGUGCACGUGGAUGAAUGGCUAAUGACGGAAGCGCGUGAUCUGGGCGUCUGGAACGGCCGCCGUCCCAACAACAGCCGUCCAUCAGCCGAAACAGACCGCUGCGUCGUCAUGUGAACUGAAUAGAUUUGAUCAGAUCGGUUAAUUUAUGCACCCCCAACAUAUACAGCACCAAACAUUGAUUCAACUAUGAUCAGAAUAUAUUGAGAUUAAAGAAAAUAAUCUGUCUACGAUAUAAUAUCGUAAGUUCGAAACAAAUGUCACACACACUGCCUACAUUGAGAGAAUGUACACCGCACUGCCACGUACGCUACCUACAUUGAGAGAAUGUAUGCCACACUGCCACGUACACUAUCUACAUUGAGAGAACGUACGCCACAUUGCCACGUACAUUACCUACAUUUAAAGAAUGUACUCCACAUUGCCACGUACAUUACCUUCUUUGAGAGAAUGAACGCCACAUUGCCACGUACACUACCCACAUUGAGAGAAUGUACGCCACAUUGCCACGUACACUACCUACAUUGAGAGAAUGUACGCCACAUUGCCACGUACACUACCUACAUUGAGAGAAUGUACGCAACAUUGCCACGUACACUACCUACAUUGAGAGAAUGUACGCCACAUUCCCACGUACACUCCCUACAUUGAGAGAAUGUACGCCACAUUGCCACGUACACUGCCUACAUUGAGAGAAUGUACGCCACAUGGCCACGUACACUGCCUACAUUGAGAGAUUGUACACCACAUUGCCACGUACACUGCCUACAUUGAGAGAAUGUACGCCACAUGGCCACGUACACUGCCUACAUUGAGAGAAUGUACGACACAUUGCCACGUACACUGCCUACAUUGAGAGAAUGUACGCCACAUUGCCACGUACACUCCCUACAUUGAGAGAAUGUACGACACAUGGCCACGUACACUGCCUACAUUAAGAGAAUGUACACCGCAUUGCCACUUACACUGCCUACAUUGAGAGAAUGUACGCUACCUACAUUGAGAGAAUGUACCCCGCAUUGCCACGUACACUACCUACAUUUAGAGAAUGUGCACCACAUUGCUGAACAAUAGUGUUUUGUCUUCCAAUUUCCAAUGAUGUAUAAUAAAAAUACACCCAAUGUGGCAUUUUGAGGGUGUUCCCCAACCCUUGCGUACCGGAAGCUUUUCAUUUUCUACCGGAAUCCUGCUUUACAAAUACCAUUUAUAGGAUCCUCGUACCGAAUAAUUACCUAUUUCUGCUUACCGCGUACCACUCGCUUGAGUCCCGAGUAUACUCAGUUGACCCAGCAUACCAAAUCGUAUGGGUAAUCAACUCUUUCAGUGCUCUCGGACAUACGUUAAACGAAAUACUAUAUAUAAUGUUUUAUGUAAGAUACUAUUGACUUGAUACGGUUGUAUGAAUGCCAAACGAUCCAUAAUUUAUAGCUUCUCGUAAGCUUUGAUCCCCGUAUUUUUUUUGUCAAAAUUCACAUCUCGCGUACAUGUGUAUGCUAUUAUCUGCAUCAUGUCA